UUGGGCAUUGUUAUAACUUUUACCCAACACUCGAUUUUAAGUGUUGUCAAUGUUGAUAUUUCAUUGAGCAUCUAGUGCAAUAUGGGUUCUUCUCAAACAAAAUACCCGGUUUUGACUGAGGAUGUUUUGGAAGAUUACACAAUGCUUACUUAUUUAAGUAAAGGUGAAAUUUAUCAUGUACUGAAAAAGUUUCAUUCAAUUGAUCCUGAAAAAGUAAACGCAAACUUAUCUCACCGAUUUCCCAAAGAGGACAUUUUAAGGAAGUUCGAUGUAUUGAAAAACAACCCUUACCAGGACCGUAUGUUUCGUGUUUUCUCAUCACAAAAAGACGACUGCCUUUCAUUUGAAGAUAUUUUGGAUAUGUGUUCGGUGAUGAGCCCAGAUUGUCCGCCAGACGUCAAGGCAUCCUGGGCAUUCAGGAUAUUCGAUAUAGACGAAGAUAAUCAAAUAACUAAGAAGGAUAUUAUCAAUAUCAUUGAUCGACUUACCUGGGAUCCUACGAACCGAGCGAACAUAAUUCUUCGAGAAGACAAAAUUAAAAUUGCAAAUAUUAUUCUAGAUGAAAUCAAACUCGAUCAUUCAGGUGGGAUUGGUUUCUCAGAAUUCAAGUUCAUCAUCUCCAGAGUUCCGGAGCUUUCAAACUCAUUUUACUUUCGACUGUAGUGAAAAUUGCUUCAGUUUUUUUUUUAAUAAUAAUAAUAACAUUAAUCUAAAUCUUAACAUUUCUCUUCUAUACAAUCUUGUGCAUUUUGAAGGCCGUAUUAUAAGUAUACUCCGGAGCCAGUUCUGGAAAACAGCAGUGCCAAGCUUACUGGGACCGAUCUAUCAUCACGGACAGAACGAUCAUUGCUAAUAAGCCUGAUAUUGUGUCGGUAGAUCGGUUAGAGCGUCGGGCAUUUAUUGUUGAUAUCACCAUCCCGUGUGAUGAUAACCUUGUGAAAGCUGAAAUAGACAAAUUGUCGAAGUACCUAGACUUGACACACGAGGUUACUGACAUGUGGGAUGUUGAUUCAACAAUAAUUGUCCCAAUAGUCGUUUCCGUAAACGGUCUUAUAGCAAAGAGCCUCGACCAUCAUCUCAAGAGGCUCUCACUUAAUAACUGGAUAAAGGGUCAGUUACAGAAAGCUGUUUUGGGAACGGCACGCAUCGUGCGGAAGUUCCUCAGUCUGUCGCCCUAACCACCGGCGGAAUUGUCGUGAACCAACGCCGGCGGGACUCUAUUUUUUAUAUUAUAUUUGUAAUAUUUUUUAUAAAUAUGUUAUAUAUAUAUAAAUGUAGAAAAUAAGAUGAAAUUAUAAUAAAGAGAAUAAUAAUAAUAAAAAAAUUAAGCUUCUUUAAAUUUUUAAUUUAUUACAGUA